GUGCGUGUGUGUAUUGCGUGUGUGUGAUGAGCGAUCGCCGCGUCCCUCCGCCCGCUGCCGGCUGACACCCACCGCGCGGGGCGCGCCAGGAGCAGCAGGAGCAGGCGAGGAGCCGCGGCCAGCGCGCAGUGACCUUGGCCCAGGAGUGCAACAUCCAAAAGCGGAUCAAUUUUGUGGGACAUGGCACAAGGAAAUAAUUAUGGGCAAAGCAGCAAUGGGGUGGCUGAUGAAUCCCCAAACAUGCUGGUGUACAGAAAGAUGGAAGACGUCAUAGCCCGCAUGCAAGAUGAGAAAAAUGGGAUUCCUAUUCGUACAGUGAAAAGUUUUCUUUCCAAGAUUCCCAGUGUCUUUUCUGGUUCAGAUAUUGUUCAAUGGUUAACGAAGAACUUAUCGAUAGAAGACCCAGUUGAAGCUCUGCAUUUGGGAACUCUGAUGGCAGCACAUGGCUAUUUCUUUCCAAUCUCAGACCAUGUUCUAACACUGAAGGAUGAUGGCACCUUUUAUCGAUUCCAGACGCCCUAUUUUUGGCCAUCAAAUUGUUGGGAGCCGGAAAACACAGACUAUGCUGUUUACCUCUGCAAGCGGACAAUGCAAAACAAAGCAAGACUAGAACUAGCAGACUAUGAAGCUGAGAGUUUGGCCAGGCUACAGCGAGCUUUUGCUCGGAAAUGGGAGUUUAUUUUUAUGCAAGCUGAAGCACAAGCAAAGGUUGACAAGAAGAGAGACAAGAUAGAGAGGAAGAUUCUUGACAGUCAGGAGCGAGCAUUUUGGGAUGUGCAUCGUCCAGUGCCUGGCUGUGUAAACACUACUGAAGUGGAUAUAAAAAAAUCUUCAAGAAUGAGAAAUCCACAUAAAACAAGAAAGUCUGUCUAUGGCUUACAAAACGACAUUCGAAGUCACAGCCCUACGCACACGCCAGUGCCUGAGACUAAGCCACCCACAGAAGAUGAACUACACCAAGAGAUUAAGCACUGGCAAAUGCAAUUAGACAGACAUAGAUUAAAAAUGUCAAAAGUUGCAGAGAGUCUAUUAGCUUAUACAGAGCAGUAUUUGGAAUAUGAUCCUUUUCUUGUGCCCCCUGAUCCCUCAAACCCUUGGAUAUCAGAUGACACCACUUUCUGGGAACUGGAGGCAAGCAAAGAGCCAGGACAGCAGAGAGUGAAACGAUGGGGAUUUGGCAUGGAUGAAGCUUUGAAAGACCCUGUGGGAAGAGAGCAGUUUCUGAAAUUCUUGGAGUCAGAAUUCAGUUCAGAAAAUUUAAGGUUCUGGUUAGCAGUAGAAGACCUGAAGAAGAGGCCAAUCCGUGAAGUUCCUGCUCGCGUCCAAGAAAUCUGGCAAGAAUUUCUUGCUCCAGGUGCACCCAGCGCUAUCAACCUAGAUUCAAAAAGUUAUGACAAAACCACUCAGAAUGUGAAGGAACCUGGAAGAUACACAUUUGAAGAUGCUCAGGAGCACAUUUACAAACUGAUGAAAAGUGAUUCUUAUCCUCGUUUUAUACGAUCCAGUGCCUACCAGGAGCUGCUACAGGCCAAGAAAAAGGCUGGAACCCCACAUUCCUUUUUCCGAGGAGCCAGGAGCCACCUUGACCCGGGGAACUUCUGUAGCGCUUUGAGAGUAACCAUUCACAAAGACCUCACAGCUCUGAACUACAGCACGCACAAAGAACACCUUUUUUCUAACAACUACAAAAUGCUGCAGUAAGCUUUGCUCCAAUGAAACCUCUGUUAGUGGUAGAGCUUAUAAAGCUAUAAAGUGGAGCUUGGUAUGUUAGUGACCAAGGAUUUGACUAUCAGAUAAUUGCGAUUAUAUGUUCUUUCCAAAACAACUUGCAUUAUUUAAGAAGAAAAACAAACUCCAAUCAAGCUGGUCAGAGGUUUUGAAAUAUUCAGAUGCAGAGCUCCAACCUUUAGCCACUGGGG